CCAGAGGUGCAGCAGCAGCCCAUACACCACCACAGUGGUUCUAUGUAUCUGCUGUCAGGGUGCAGACAGAGGUUGUAAACAUGGCGGCGGAUGGGAUGGUGCUCACCAACCACGACCACCAGACCCGUGUCGGCAUCCUGACGGUCAGUGACAGCUGCUUCAAGAACUUGGCUGAGGACAGAAGUGGAAUCAACCUAAAGGACCUGGUCCAUGACCCCUCACUGUUAGGAGGAGUUAUAUCAGCCUACAAGAUUGUUCCAGAUGAGAUUGAUGAAAUCAAGGAAACUCUGUUGGACUGGUGUGAUGAACAGGAGUUGAAUCUCAUCCUCACAACUGGAGGGACUGGCUUUGCGCCACGUGAUGUCACACCUGAGGCCACCAGAGAGGUGAUAGAGAGAGAGGCUCCAGGAAUGGCUCUGGCCAUGCUGAUGGGAUCCCUCAAUGUCACACCACUCGGCAUGCUGUCCAGGCCGGUGUGCGGCAUCCGAGGCAAAACUCUGAUCAUCAACCUGCCAGGGAGCAAGAAGGGCUCUCAGGAGUGUUUUCAGUUCAUCUUGCCUGCUCUGCCGCACGCCAUCGACCUGCUGCGCGAGGCCUCAGUCAGGGUUAAAUCCACACACGCUGCCCUGGAGCAGCUGCCCUCCCCUCCCCCUCUACUGGCCAACACGCACAGCCAUGUGCACAGCAACACGCACACCAUGGAGCGCGGCACACAGUGUGAGGAAGAGGAGGAGGAGGAGGAAGAGGACAGGAGGAGAGGUCGACACUCUCACAACCACCACCAUCACCAGCAUGGCUCCUCCCACAUCACCGCAGCCGCCAUCGCUGCCAAGACGAGUCAUGCUGUGGUCAUGGCUAAGGGGGGUCCCUACCUGCCCGGCACCACACAAGCCCCACCCACUCAUUUCACCUGCUCCUGUAACCAUGAUGACCAGAUCCCAGACUCGAUCAUCUCUCGAGGUGUUCAGGUGCUCCCUCGAGAUUCGGCCUCUUUAAGCUCCACCCCUUCUGAGUCGCCACGGGCAACACAGGCUACCUCCCGCCUUUCCACCGCCUCCUGCCCGACACCCAAGGUUCAGUCACGAUGUGGCAGUAAUGAGAACAUUCUGAGAGCCAGCCACAGUGCAGUGGACAUCAGCAAAGUGGCGCGACGCCAUCGCAUGUCUCCUUUCCCAUUGACAUCAAUGGACAAAGCCUUCAUCACAGUUUUGGAGAUGACUCCUAUUCUGGGAACUGAGGUCAUCAACUACAGAGAUGGUAUGGGUCGAGUUCUUGCUCAGGACAUCUACGCCAAAGACAACCUUCCUCCGUUCCCCGCCUCUGUUAAAGAUGGCUACGCUGUACGAGCUGCUGAUGGCCCAGGAGAUCGCUUCAUUAUGGGAGAAUCACAGGCUGGACAACAGCCCAGUCAUACAGUGAUGCCCGGUCAGGUAAUGAGGGUGACGACUGGGGCUCCGAUCCCCUGUGGAGCUGACGCUGUGGUCCAGGUAGAAGACACAGAGCUGCUGAGAGAGUCUGAAGAUGGCACAGAGGAGCUGGAGGUAAGGAUCAUGGUGCAGGCCCGUCCAGGACAAGACAUUAGGCCAAUAGGUCAUGACAUUAGGCGAGGAGAGUGUGUCUUGGCCAAGGGAACCCAUAUGGGCCCAUCAGAGAUUGGCCUGCUGGCAACAGUAGGAGUGACUGAGGUCAGCGUCCACAAGUUCCCUGUCGUGGCUGUCAUGUCUACUGGCAACGAGCUGUUGAAUCCAGAGGAUGAUCUCCACCCAGGGAAGAUCAGAGACUCCAACCGCUCCACCCUGCUGGCCACCAUCCAAGAACAUGGAUACCCCACCAUCAACCUGGGCAUCGUCGGUGACAACCCUGAUGACCUGCUGUCAGCUCUCCAUGAGGGAAUCAGUCGUGCCGAUGUCAUCAUCACCUCAGGGGGUGUGUCCAUGGGAGAGAAGGACUACCUGAAGCAGGUGUUGGAUAUUGAUCUUCAUGCUCAGAUCCACUUUGGACGAGUCUUCAUGAAGCCAGGUCUUCCUACUACCUUUGCCACAGUAGACAUUGACGGAGCACGGAAACUCAUCUUUGCUCUACCAGGAAACUUCAGCUUCAGAGAGACUGGGCCCUCUCUGCUGGAGGCCGUAGCCCUGAGCGAGACCGAGGCCAGACACCCAGUACCCCCUCCGCCGAGAGGAAGUAACCCAGUGUCAGCAGUGGUGACGUGUAACCUGUUUGUGAUUCCUGCUCUGAGAAAGAUGCAGGGCAUUCUGGAUCCCAGACCUACUAUUAUUAAAGCUAGGCUGUCCUGUGAUGUCAAGUUGGAUCCUAGACCAGAGUACCAUCGCUGUAUCCUCACCUGGCAUCACCAGGAACCCCUUCCCUGGGCACAAAGCACAGGUAACCAGGUAUCCAGCAGGUUGAUGUCUAUGCGUAGUGCCAACGGUCUGCUGAUGCUGCCUCCUAAAACAGAGCAGUAUGUGGAGCUGCAUAAAGGAGAGGUCGUGGAUGUCAUGGUCAUCGGACGGCUAUGAUGCAGACUAUGAUGUCACUCGCUACCGAUUACCAUGGCAGUGCCAGGACUUCCUGUCUGGACAGGAAACGGGCAGGGGACAGGAAGUGAUGCAUGUCUACCUGGUCGCCAUUAGCUGUGAAGUCAUAUGCAACAGCCAAUUGGAGCCAGCGGAGGCUGAAUCCUCAUUGGUCAGCUCUGAGGAGAUCACUGUAUUUCAACAGAGAAAAAUGUGAAGAAAAAAGAAAAAAAAAACUAUAUAAAAUAUGAGAUUUAUUCUGUAAUAUUAUUAUUAUUCUGAUGAUAAUUAAUAUUAUGAUUAUUAAUAUUCUUAAUUAAUAUUCAAUUUAUUAUUAUCAUUAUUAAGGUUCUGAUUGAAUAUUAUCAUCCCAGUAGUAAUCAUGCCCUCUUUUCUCCUCUUCCAUUUGCUUUGUGUGUUUAAUACUUUCCCUUGUAGAUCUAGACAGAGAAUCUCUUCCCCACCCCCCCACCCCCUCCCCCAUCCUCCUCCUAUUUCCUAUCAUCUCUUCUCCUCUCCUCUCCAAAUCACAGUUCUUCUCCCUGCAGCUUGACCGAUAAGAGAUUUGAAGGCCAAUACUGAUAUUUUUGGAUUGAAGCCGUGUGAUAAUUCAGUUUCUUUAAAGAUGGCCUUUUUUUAUGUCAGAAAAUCCAAGACAAUGACAACAUUUCAGCAUUUUUCCUUACAGUUUUAUUCCUGUUAUGGCUGAAAAGCCCCUGAAACAUCAUUAGACCAUUAUGGGACACUAAAACUCUCCACUACAAGCCAUAGUGAUGAAAUUGUUUUUGGUGGGUUAGCAGGGUCAGGGAAGAACCUAAAUCGAAUGAGAGGUGGACAACACUGACACUAUAACACUUUAUAUCAGUCUUACCCUACCUAAUGUUGCAUUCUGGUGCUCAUAAACUAGACAACUGCUAAUUUAUAACUUGAUGGUGUUCAGGUGCUUGUGCAAUUCAAAAAUGCCUGGAGAAGUUGGGUCCAGGCUGCAAAUCGAACUAUUUUGUUCUACUAUUUUGUCUUACUGCGUGUAGUUUGAUCAGAUUUUAGGAACCACAGAAGAUCACUGUCAUAUUUGGCUCACUGUUGAUGUUACACAUACAGCCACGUUAACAUGGUUAGUCGUGUCAUAAUGAUGAAAAAAGUCAGGUAUCAUUAAUCUUAGUUUAACUCUUGCAUUUAAAGCAUCAUGUACUGGAUAUAAUGACCUUGUAGUUAAAAUAUUGAACUUUGGUGAAGUAUUGGGUUGUGUAUAGUUACCUGGGCUUGAUAUGAGUCCAAGUGGUGGUGAAAUAUCCUCACUAGUUGCUCUGAGCUCCCCUGGAAUGCUAAUCCACAACACUGUAUUUCUAUUUCUUCAUUCACUUCUAUAGACCAGCAACACAAAAUAACACUUUUAGUACAUAAACAAGUGAGAACAAAGUGUAUUAUGUUAAUUAAAAAAGAACAGCAAUAAGUCUUGGUACUUCUUAUUCUUCUAUUUUUUUUUUUUAUUUUUUUUUUUUAUACAAUUAUUUAUGAAACGAUCAUAAAUCAGGUUGUUUCUUCCUGGCUCAAUGUGGAGGAUCCCUGCAGACGCUACCUGCCCAAUAUUGUUUCCAAAUCAAGUAAGAAAAUAACAAGAAAAGAGCCAUUUAAUUUCCUCAAAAAAUGGGUACCAGGACUUGUUGUUUUCUAUAUUGGUAUAAUCUGUGUUGUUUACAUUGGUUUAUGGACUUAAAGUGUUGUUUUAGAAGCUGCUCUGCUGCACUGUGGAAGUGAAUGGAGAGAGAGAAUUAGAGUAUUGUGGAUUAGCAGAUCAGAAAUCCAGGGGAGCACAUAGCAACUGAUGAGGUCAUUCCAUGUGCACUCAUAUCAAGUCCAGGAAACUACACCCAACCAGUUCAAGCACUUAAAAUUUUCUUUACUUUGUUAACCAAUUUAUGAGGACCAUUGAAGACCUACCCUCUUUUGAUGCAGCACACCAGAUAUAGAUCCCCUGUUUCUUCCUGUUUAUGUGAUCGGUGCCAAAUAAUCCUGUUUUGUCAGUGGUUUAAUGCUGUAUUCAGGUUGUACUGGAACAACUUGAUGGUACAGAGCAACAACUUGAAAGUUUUGACACACUUCAAUGCAUUUAAUCCUGUCAGGAAGCAAUGGUUGACUGUUUUUUUGUAGAUGUUGAUUGCUGCUAAUCAGCUUUUUCACACUUAACAGAUCCAUGUAGUGAAUGACACAUUUGGUUACAUGUUUUUACUGCAUACCAAACAUUGCAGCAUCAACCAUGAACCAAAAUUCCAGCAAAUAGUUUGGGAUUUCAGAAGAGCUGUGAGUAGGAAAUUGGGUAUUUAAUGAAAAUUGUUCAUUUUGUUGGUUGUUUUUGAAAUGAAUCCAUUGUUUCCUGCACUUGAUUCCUAAUAUCAUGUGUCAUAAUAUCAUAUGUCAUCAGAGUUCAGGAAGUGGAAAUUUUCGAGAAUAUUUGCCACCUGAACUUUUUGUUCAAGUCAGAAGCUUAUGUCUACCGUCUUUUGCAUAUGACAUCAAUGCAGCAGAAGCAAGGGGUUGUUAACUGUGAGUUUUUGCCUGAUAGGCUGACACAGUCUUAUAGCCCCCCACCCCCCAAGUCCCUCUGUCCUCACUGUCCUUCUCAUUUUUAUCCUUCCUCCCCACUUUUUUGCUUUUGUGCGCAUAAAGGGGUGGGGUGUGUGUGUGUGUGUGUGUGUGUGUGUGUGUGUGUGUGUGUGUGUGUGUGUGUGUGUGUGUGUGUGUGUGUGUGUGUGUGUGUGUGGGUGGGGGGGUGGGUGGGGUCUCUCUCUUUGGGCAGGUUCGAUUCAGAGGCCAGAGUGUAGCGCCAUGUGCAGGGCCUUCGAUCCUGGUAAAAGUUCACCUUAUGCGGCAGCCAAUCGUUAGUGAGUUUACACCAUGUAUGACUUUUCUGAGUGCAGCAGCAUUUUACCACUCUAGCUUGGAUGUGAGAAACUUCUCAGUUACCUUGAAUGCACCAUUUCUAUCAGUGACUCAUGCCGUGUUCACGCCAUAUCGGACAGCAUUGAACGAGACGACAUCUGAUGCUCGCAUCUUAAAUAAUUUAUGUCAAAGAAUUUCAAAUCAACGAACUGCAGCAGAUAUUGUUAAUUUUUGUAAGUAGAGUUGAUUAUUGGUGUGAAUAUAACUGAUCAUUUUGAGAUUUUUUUGUAUCUUGGACUGCUGACAUCAGUGAGUAUGCAGCUACAUAUGCUGCUGUGUUAACGCACUUCUACGAUUUUCGAUGCCAAGUAGGACGUAUGGGAGCUUACAAAAAUAUUCCCCACAUAUCCUAUUUGUAAUUACCACCAGGAUGCAGACUUUUUUCCCCAGUCGGCAGCUUGUAUUUACCGUAAAUCCAAUAUGGUGUGAAGGCAGCAUCGGAGCAUGUCCUGGCGCCUGCCCAAGGAGGAUCAGUCAAACCCAGAUAGAUUCAUUUGAGUAGGAAGAAGGAGGUUAUUGAUAAACUGCCUUUGUACUGACUGAUUCUAAAUACUGGACUGAACUCAGUGUCAUACUGCACAGACUAUAAAACUAUGACCAGCACUUGUAAUGAAGCAAUGACACAGCAUUCUACUACUACUGUAUAAAUAUAAUGAAGAGGAUGUUUUUUCUGUAAUGAUAUUAUUGAAACUGAAGAUGAAUUAAUAAAAAUAAUCCUGAUUAUUCUGUA